UCACAUAACCGGAGUAUCAUUCCAUCUCAUUCCCCUUCGUUCUUGGGAGCUCUUUUAAUCCGCCUUACGUCCGCUGCUGUUUCAUGGCAAUGCUGCUUGGAUGCUGACGCUCAUUUGAUAGAGAUAGCAGACAUGGAGAGGCACACAGGCUGUGCACCAGUUUCUACAAAUGGAGCAGUCAUGCAUGCUUCGUCCCCUGAAAAGUGUGACAUCGAUGUUUUAGAUGAUGGAAGGAGCAUCAGUGACUUCAUAGACCAGAAAAUAAAAGAGCUUGAGUCACAGGGGAGUGAAGAGCCUUUCUAUGUGGUCAGUCUGGACAGCGUGUUUCAGAGGCACGGCAGGUGGCUCGCCAGCUUGCCUCGAGUUAAGCCCUUCUAUGCAGUGAAGUGCAACAACACGCCGGCGGUCCUGAGGAUGCUAAGUGCUCUGGGCACAGGUUUCGACUGUGCUAGCAAGUCUCACUUGAAAACAUGUCCAACACAGCGUGAGAUUCAGCUGGCCCUUGAUCUCGGAGCAACGCCGGAUAAAAUCAUUUACGCCCAUCCAACCAAACCGCGGUCGCACAUCAGAUACGCCUGUGCUCAUGGGGUCAACUUGAUGACUUUUGAUAGCGAGGACGAACUCCUAAAGAUUGCUCUUUGUCAUGCCAAAGCCAAACUGGUCCUCCGCAUCGCAGUGGAUGAUUCAGAAUCCCUGUUCAGACUCAGUCCAAAGUUCGGAGCCAGACUGGCGACGGUGGGCAAGCUGCUGGAACGUGCCGGAGAGCUGGGCCUGGAGGUCACCGGGGUCAGCUUCCACGUAGGCAGCGGGUGCACUGCAAGUUUGGCAUUCAAGCAUGCUAUAGAAGACGCCCGACGUGUCUUUGACAUCGCGAAUAUGUACGGUGUCCAGAUGACUCUCUUGGAUAUUGGUGGAGGGUUCUCUGGGAGGGAGGACUUUCAAGUGAAAUUUGAAGAGUUUUCAGAUGUCAUCAACGGAGCACUGGACGAACUGUUCCCGCCUGACAGUGGCGUGCAGAUUAUUGCAGAACCGGGUCGAUACUACGUGGAGUCAGCCUUCACGCUGGCAGCUAACGUCAUCGCCAGACGGGUCGUCACGGAUGAUGUGGACGAACACAGCAAUGGCGAGGAAAACAGCCACAACAGAAGGAUGAUGUACUACCUCAAUGAUGGGGUGUACGGCUCCCUGAGCUGCUUUCUCACCGAUGCCACCUGCAGCGAGGUUCAGCCAUACCUUCACAGGGCCGUUGAGAGCAGCGAGAGAAGAUACCGUUCCAUUAUCUGGGGCCCAACCUGCGACAGCAUCGACAAAGUAAUGGACAACUACUGGAUCCCUGAGUUGUACGUGGGGGACUGGCUUCUCGUCGACAACAUGGGCGCUUACUCUGUGAGCCUAUCCUCUGACUUCAACAGCUUUGAAAAAGCCCACAUUUGCCCUGUGGUGACAGCUGAGACGUGGCGCGCCUCAAACCUCUCUCACAUCUACAACAUUAUCUGUUAAUGAUCUGCUGACACUUCUGUACGAGAUGGACAACAACACAACAUGGGCAUGAAGCACAAAUGCCCCCAAAACAAGAAAGAAAGCUAAAAACUGAUCUCUUCACUUUAGCCUUUAACCAACUAGCUCUGACUUCCUGAUACAGCUCUCAAACCUUUGAGCUUUGCCUCAUGCUGAUGCUUCUUUUAAAAUGCUCUAUUUUACUUGAUUUUAUGCCUUCUAUGUAAUCUAUUUGUAUCUAUAUUUUAUUAUUUCAUUCUGAGGUUUUAUGCGUUGUCUUUUUUUCAUUGAUUUUAUCAUCACCAGGUGGGUUUUAUUCUCCAUUUUAGUUUACAUGAAUUCAUUCAUUUAUCUGUUUUUAUGUCCAUUCUGUUUUUUCUAUGUGCAGCACUCGCUUGGUGCAUGUGAUUUCUUUCUUGUAAAACACUUUGAGCUGCAAUUCUUGUAUGUGAAAGAUGCUAUACAAAUAAAGUUUAUUAUUAUUA